GUCAAUGCAACAUUCCUUGGCAAGUGCAGCCGACGGAGAUGCUUUCAUGCUUUCCGACCAGACCAGGUCCCCACCUCGACGUGCAUGCAUAUGCGCAUAUGCUAGAGAAAAGACGGCGGGACCCUCGCCAUAAUCCACCACGUCGUCGCCCACCGCUAUCGACCACGACUCUCCGCAGCCUCGCUAUGGAGUGGUCACCGCCGCCGACGUCCGCCCAGAUCCAACACCACCGAACAACAUCUCCACUCCCCCACUCCCUUCCCCGCCAGAAUCAACACAUUCGACGACCACAGCGACAACAACAGCGUCAUACCAACAAAUCUACCGCCGCGACCACACCCUCAUAGCAUU